GCGGACAGUUGCGAGAAUGGCGUUCCUCCAGAAAGUGGGCAGCCAGGACCUGGAGCAUCUGCUGAAACUGUACUCGUGCGACCAGCCCAAGUACUGCACGGAGCUCCAGUGUCUGGACAAUUUCUUUGGCCUCUAUGCGACGCGGUCGCACCUCAAGCAUGUGGAGGCUUACACCCUGCCGCACCAAGAGCUUGGGCUGUUUGUGAUUGUGGAUCGUUAUCAGAUGUUCGUCGGCUGUUUGGAUGCGGAGAACUCUAACGAAAUAUUGGAGCAGGCCCUGCACCAGCUGGACUGGUGGGGCGGCAUGCAAUGCUCCACCAUUCGCAGCCGAUAUGCGGCAGUUGUUGGCCGUGUUGUGCAGGCCAAGCGGCUGCCACUUAAGUUCGAGAUGGAAAAUAAUUUAUACUUUCUGCCAAGAAAAGCGGCUCUGGAGCUGAACGUGGACGUGCCCUCUGGGUUCUACUUGAAGGCACUCUCCCAGCAGGACGCUGAGGUAGUGGACUCCGCCUGGGAGUGGAGUCAUUCGGGUACGUUGUUCUUUAUUGAACGCCAGAUAGCCACGAGCACCUGCGUGGGACUCUACCGGGAGGACAACCAAGAGCUGGUGGCUUGGUGCAUAAGAGCACAAGAUGGAUUUCUGGCUGCCCUGCAGGUCAAGGACUCGCACCAGCGUCGCGGCUUUGGGGCUGUGGUGGUCAAAGAAUAUUCCCGACGCGUUGCACUGCUGGGCUUUGAUGUUACAGCCGAAGUUUGUCCGAGCAACAAGGCUUCCUCGGGCCUGUUCCAGAAACUGGGCUUCAAGGUCAUCGAUCAGUGCAGUUGGCUGCUGACAGUACCUGCCCAGGGAGACUUCACUUGGCCAGAUGGCGAGUGAUAAAUAUUUUGAUAAGAACAGCAAUAAAAGUAUUACAAGAUUAAACAGAAUUUCUAA